AUGGCUUUGAGGAUACUCAACUUGACCACAAGUUCAUCCAGAUGUGAAAGAAAUUGGAGCAUUUUUGAACAAGUAGAUGCAAAGAGGAGAAAAAAACUAGAUGUGCGUCGUAGGGACGAUCUAGUUUAUAUUCAAUUCAAUGGAAGAAUGCUAGACAAGAGAAAGAAGUACUCAUCAUCUUGUAAUGUCCUCCUUGGUGAAGAUGCUUCCACAACCCAAGAUUGGAUAUGUGAAGAUGCUUACAUUGAUGAUGAGAUGGGGGAAACCGAAGAUGACAAUGCAAUGGAGCCUCAUAGAAGUCUUAGGGUGAGAGAACUACAUGAGGUGGAAGAGUUCAUUUGCGAUGAUGAAUCUGACAUUGUGCCUAUCAAUGAGGAUGAGGUAGAGUUCGAGUCUGAUGAUGAUGGGGUUGGGAUAGAAGAAUCCAAUGAAAAUGGUGAGGAAGACCAGAUGCAACCUUGAAUCCUAUGACAAUGACAAUGUCGGAGUUCUGCUAGCAGCCUAGCACUUUAUUUUGGACUUUUGGUUGUGAGUUGUGAGAGAAUCAGAGAGCAAAGGACUAUGUGCUCAUUGGUGUUUGGCUGUGUGCUAGCAAAGUAGCAAGAACUAUGUUAUUUAUGUUUUCUGGACUUUCUUAUGACCUUGUUAAACCUUGUUUGAACUUUUCUGGACCUUGUUAUCACCGUAUUUGCUUGCAAAGCAGCAAGACUAUUAUAUGCAUUGCUGUACUGUACU